AUGAUCAAGACCAUCUCCGCACGGGAAUUGCGCCGGCACUGGGUCAAUCGCGAUGAAAUUGCCCUCCUCGACGUUCGGGAAGAAGGUCCAUAUGCAGAAGCCCAUCCUCUGUUUGCGCUGAGCGUGCCGGUAUCAGAAAUUGAGAAGAAACUUCCUUCCUUGGUCCCUAGGCUAUCUGCCCCGAUCGUCGUCUACGAUAAUGGCGAAGGUUACGUCGAUCGGGCUGCAGCCCAGGUAUUAGCCUUGGGGUAUCGAGAUGUUGCGAUGCUGGAAGGCGGGCUUUCUGCAUAUGCUCUUGUUGGCGAGGUCUACCGAGACGUCAACGUGCCGUCCAAAGCAUUCGGUGAGCUGGUUGAAUCUAUCAAUCACACGCCAUCAUUGUCGGCACGCGAAGUCAAGAAAAUUCUGGAGAGUGAGAGUGAUGUGGCGAUCUUGGAUGCUCGACGCUUCGAAGAGUAUAACACGAUGAGUAUUCCCCGUGGCCGCAGCUGUCCUGGAGGGGAGCUGCUUUAUCGCGUCCUUGACGCAGUCCCGUCUCCAGAGACAACCAUCGUGGUGAACUGCGCUGGCCGGACGCGGAGUAUUGUUGGGACGCAGUCUUUGAUCAACUCCCAAAUUCCCAAUAAAGUGGUCGCGCUUCGAAAUGGAACCAUCGGGUGGACAUUGGAAGGCCUGGAGCUCGAUACUCAAAGGAUGGAGCGGGUUCCACAGCCUUCACUAGGCGCAUUGCAGAGGGCACGAGAAUAUGCUGUGUCCUGGGCCGACUAUGUUGGCGUGCCUCUGAUUGAAAGUGCACAGCUUGGUCGAUUCAUUAAGGAGUCGGAAUAUCGGACUCUUUAUCUGCUGGAUGUUAGGGACCCUGAAGAGUAUACGCUUGAUCAUCCUGCGGGGUUCACAAAUGCUCCAGGCGGUCAAUUGGUUCAAGCAACUGACGAAUGGGUCGGUGUUCGAGGAGCUCGCAUUGUUUUAUAUGACAAUGAUGGCGUACGAGCACGCAUGACAGCAAGCUGGCUCGUGCAGCUCGGAUGGGAGGUGUAUGUCCUCCGGGAGUCAUCCGUUAUACCUGAUAGUCUCCCGGUGCCUAAAGGUCUAUCAUGGCGUUAUCCAAGAACUGGUGCGAUUUCAGUCGAGAAUCUCCGAAUUCUCAAAGAAGCGACGAUUGUCGAUCUUGCCCGCAGUCCGUCUUAUUGCAAAGGACAUAUUCCUGGUGCAUGGUUUGCUUCCGGACCCGAACUCGCCCGGGAUUUGAGGACUGUCGGCGGCGACGGCCCAAUCGUGCUGACCUCUCCUGAUGGCGAGAUUGCUGCCAUGAACCUUGAGCAUGUGCAGGCUUCCACUUCGCGACAAAUUUUGUAUUUGGUGGGCGGAACAGCAGCCUGGGCGGCCACCGGCGAACCCUUGGAGACUGACUCACGGUGGCUUUCUCAGCCCAUUGACGUGUAUAAAAGGCCAUAUGAGGGCACAACCAACGCUCGCAAGGACAUGCAAGGAUAUCUUGACUGGGAGUAUGGCCUUGUUGCGCAAUUAGCGAACGACAGUGUGAGUUGUUUUCAUGUUGUACGUGACCGGCGUAGAGAGGCUAUUUAA